AUUAAAUUAUGGAAGAAGUGGAUUAGAAGUGUGUUUCGCUGGGGGAGCAGUUGCGAAGUAGGAAGGUCCGACAGCAUCCGUGCUGCAAAUUUCUUGCGUUUGCUGAAAGUGCGUCUAAUUACAUCCCGCGACUCAGAAUGGGAGCUUUGCAAGUGAUAUUUGUUUUGGUCUGCACGCCUUGUAUUCUGCGAGCUGAUGGGCGAAAAACAUACGGGGAUAUGUUCUCACAUUCGCAUGCGUUUAAAUCUCCCGUAAUACCCGGAUGGAGUCCGGACAGCAAUCCCUGGGACGACUACCUGUACCCGCCUUUCAAGUCGGGCGAAUCCAGACAUAGGACAGGCAAACCCAUAGUCGCGCACCUGACAAGCGACAGCCCUGCGAUGAAUGGGUCGUGUAUCACCUUCACCACUACUCUGCAGUUUCCGAAGUGUCAGAAGGAGGACGCCAGAGGCGAUCUCGUUUACGAUGAGCAUUGCAAGGACGACGAUGGCCAGGCGCGUUCUGGUUAUGUGUACAGCUGGACCUCCUGGAUGGAGGACUAUGGCUUCACCAAGUGCCCAGACCCUUCCAAGUGCAACGUGUUCCCCGAUGGGACUCCCUUUCCGCAGAGGAAUGACUGGAGACGCAGGAACUACAUCUACGUGUGGCACACGAUGGGUCAGUACUAUCAAACAUGUGGGGGCUCCUUCUCCAGCCUCACACUGAACACCACCAACAUCACGCUGGGCGCAGAUAUAAUGGAGGUCGUGGUGUAUCAGAGCCAUUCCCGCAGGAAGUACAGUCCUGUGGCCAGUGACAGUGGGGUCUAUUUUGUCACCGAUAAAAUCCCAUUAGCUGUGAAUCUCUCUCAGAAGAAGCCUGCUAACCUGUCAGAGAACGUCUUUAUCAAGGACUCAGACAUUAUCUUCAACGUGCUGAUCCACGACCCGAGCAAGUAUCUGAGAACCGCCGCCUUCGUGGACUUCAUCUGGGACUUCAGCGACGGCAACCGACUGGUGACGCACAGCAACGUGGCCGUGCACGCCUACAGCACGGUGGGUAACGCUACCGUGAAGCUCACUGUAAAGGCGGCCUUCCCUGUGCCCUGCCCCCCGCCCACACCGACCCCGACCCCCACGCUGACGCCCAUGACCACCAGCUUUACAUCGUCACACACCACAGAGUCUCAUACCUCCACAAGUACAGGAGAAACGUCAUCAAGCACCGCCACCACAGGGCACACAAGUACUCAACCCAACAUGACAACAGGAUCCUCAACUAAGCCGCCAACCACCACGGCUCCUGAGGUGACCACAGGCUUCAACGUGACCUCCACCUCCCCCAAGACCACCACGGCACCCUUGUUUCAUCACAGCCACCACUUGGAUGCAUUGUGUUACCGCAAUAUGUAUGGCAAUUUCGAGACCGAGAUCUUCAUCGUCGAAAUCAAUUCUACGGAAAAGAACAGGCAAGCCGUUAAAAUCGUAGAUGUGUCUGCAGCCAAGGUGACUAACGCCACUGUGAACUUCCUCAUUGAGUGUUUGGGCAGCAUCCCCACCUCAGCCUGCACAAUCAUCUCAGACCCUGCCUGCAAGCAGGUGAAGGACAUCAUCUGUGACCCGGUUCCUCCCUCGGAAAGGUGUCUGGUGACUCUGAGGCGAACCUUCCAGCAGCCGGGGACUUACUGCGUGAACAUCAGCUUACCGGGCUCCCACAGCCGCACCCUGGCCAGCACUCGCGUCACCAUCGGAAGCGGGGGGUCGGUAUCCAAACCAAUGCAAGCGACAGUGGUUGUCCUGAGCACUAGUGCAGUGUUGGCAGCAAUCUUCGCCUUCAUAGCAUCCAUGGUAUACAGACGCUACAGGGUUUAUAGGCCAGUGAGGCGGGGGGCGGCAGCGGAACAGCAGAGCCGGCAGCUGAAGGCACGUCUGGGCCAGCUGAAGAUGGUGCUCUUCCAGGCAAACGAAGAGAAGAGCCACUUGCUGAGUGACCCGCGGCCCAUUUAGGAGGUUCGAGGCAGGAGAGCCAGGCCAUCCCACCACAGCGGUGGCUCAGUACCACGGAUGUGCAUGAGGCCGACGGACAGUGUCACCCGAGUAGCAGCAACGCCAGCAUAUUAAAGUACCAUUUCCAUAGCAACCAAUAAUAAUAAAAAAAAAAAAAGUUAACGGGAGGCUGUGUUGCAGGGCUCCCCCAUCCCGGUCCAGGCGGGCUAGUCCGCAACACGGUUUGCCGAUUUCCCUGGCGGAUCUUACUCAGCUCACUGGCCAAUUACCAGGCUCAGUAGGCGUGUCUGAGCAGGGAAAUCUGCGGGGCGGAAUGGGCCUCUGGGCCCGGAACUGGGGAAUCCUGCUGUAUCACAACCACUACAAGGUUAUGCUUUAAGCUUAUCCUACACAUGCUAGCUUUGAGGGGGGGGGGGGGGACCCAUUUAACAUCCAUUAAACCGCUUUAGGAACUAACACUCAAGCAAUGGACUGGGACUCCAUCCCGAUCUACUGCUGCAGCCUGACAGUUAACAUGACUACCUGUGGUACCGUUACUUCUGACUAGAUAAAAAUUGUGCUUCCAGGCACCUUGUUCAAUAAUUCAUAACUUAAAACAUUUGAGGCAUAAAAGGUUAAUAAAAUUUGCUUUUUUUUCCCUUGU